AUGGAGAGGUUAUACUCGCCGGCGAAAUGGGCUGGCUGUAAGGAGUCUCUCCGGAGAAAUGGGCUGGCUGUAAGGAGUCUCGCCGGUGACGACGGAGUGAGCGAAAUGGUUCUUCAAAAGACCUUGUAUAAUCUGGAGAAGGAGGAGAUGACGCUGCUCAUGAGGAGCUUCAUCGAUCGAAGGCUUCAUAGAACCAAGGAUAAUGAAGACGAAAGAAAAACGUUUUGGGGGAUUCAAGGAUGGUGUUUCCGGAUUACAACAACCCACAAGCGUCUUGGGGCUGCAAUAGCUGAUCUGAAGUCCACUUUGAAGUUCCUGAAAAUGGAAGAGACAGAUGGUCCAGAAGUUGAAGAUGCAAAGAAGACAGUAGCGGACUGGGAGAAGCAAUUUUUGCAAAAUCCUUACUGGAAUUUCCGAAUCUCGCCGAACCAUCAUGAAUCUCUCCAGAUUCUGCUUAGCUUAGCCGGACUAAAUGAUACUCGAACUAAGGAUCACCAAGACUGCAGUGGCGUAUAA